UCAUUCACCAACAAACCUUUCUUUCGUCUUUAUUCAGGCACCGUGGACCGGACACCACACACACAUACAGUGUGAAACAUAAGAGGAAAACGAAAAUUAAGGAUGUUGGAGCUCUGUCGAAAACCGUUGAUGUGCUUCUUCUCAUGUGGACUAGGAGGAGGCAACUAUGACGAUGAGCUUCUAUGGGACUUAGAGUUGAAGCCACACACCGCAGGUGAAUAUUCAAUUGCUGUUGUUCAAGCCAAUUCUUCUUUGGAAGACCAAGCACAGGUGUUUACUUCUCCCUUUGCAACUCUUGUUGGUGUUUAUGACGGCCAUGGUGGACCUGAAGCUUCUCGUUUCGUAACCAACCAUCUCUUCUCCUUCAUUCACAUGUUCUCUGCAGAGGAUGGUGGGUUAUCGGAGCAAGUGAUAAAGAAAGCUUUCAGUGCAACUGAAGAGGAGUUCUUGCGUAUGGUGAAGCAAUCAUGGAUUUCGCAGCCACACAUUGCUUCGGUGGGAUCGUGUUGUAUUCUUGGAGCAAUUUCAAACGAUGUUCUCUAUGUUGCUAACCUUGGAGACUCGAGGGCAGUUCUCGGUCGCAAAGCAUUCGGAGGAAACGAGGUUGGUUGCGGUCAUAAUGUGGUGGCAGAGCGUUUGUCCACGGAUCAUAAUGUUGGAGUGGAGGAGGUGAGAAAGGAGGUUGAGGCUCUUCACCCUGAUGAUGAUUAUGUUGUGGUUAAUGCUAAUGGAGUUUGGAGAAUCAAGGGGAUUAUUCAGGUCUCAAGAUCAAUUGGAGAUGUUUAUCUAAAGAAGCCAGAGUUCGACAACAACUCUAUAAUGUUCCAGCAAUGUGUGUCCCCGGUACCUUUAAAGAGAGCCGUGAUGACGGCGGAGCCAUCAAUAUUAACUCGGAAGUUGAAGGCGGAGGAUUUGUUUCUGAUCUUCGCAUCGGACGGACUUUGGGAGCAAUUAACAGACAAAGAAGCCGUUGAAAUCGUGUCUAGAAGUCCAAGAAAAGGGAUAGCAAAAAGAUUGGUGAGAGCUGCACUAGAAGCUGUUGCAAAGAAAAAAGAAAUGAGAUAUCAGGAUUUAAAGAAAAUUGAGAAAGGUGUAAGGCGCCAUUUCCAUGAUGAUAUUACAGUGAUUGUUAUAUACCUUGAUCAUUCACAAAAUUCUGUGAAUGGUAGUAGGCCAAGACAUCAAGGAAUCUAUGAUUCUGUUAAUGCUCCUGUAGAUAUCUACUCUAUUAAUGCAGAUAGGUAAUCUUGUAAAAUUAAUAAGCUAGAACUAUAGUCUUAUAUAUUGGCUAAAUUGUGCCCAAAAAUUUAUCUCACAUAAAAUCUUGGGGUAUCAUUGGUUGGAUUAA